AUGCCUAAAAAUUUAAAGCAAACAAAAAAUAAACGUUCUAAACCGUUUAUUAUUGGUUUAAAUAACGAUUCCAUGUUGAAUAUAGAAACCAAUAUUAUCAAUUCCAAUAUUGUUCUUGUCGAACUCAAGCCGAAUUUCCCUCCUAAUUUGACAACAGACGAACUCAUUAAGAAUGCUAUUAAAUCCAACGCAUCUAACAACAGUAAGGUUAAAACGCUUCCAAACGCUUUUAUCGCGUAUAGAAUGGCAUUACAAAAGGAAUAUUAUAAGAAUACCAUUAAAUUACCUCCAAUGG